AUGUCAUCUCAUCUCUCCCCCCGCAACGCAAAGGAUCAGCCACGCACGAGAAAGUCAUCCACUGACUCAUCUCCCGCUAAACCCUCGCAAACCUCCAGAAGCCUCAAAGUAAGAACACAUUACUUAUCUUUCCUAUGGGCAAUAACAAGGAGACGCCUAGGCUGCUGUUUGAAAACAUUGCCAUGUGCUGUAAAAAAGCUGUGGAUCAGAUAAAAUGCCAUGCUUGACUUUUGACUUUAACCAUUGGUUUGGAGCGUUCCAGGCUAGCCAAGCACUAGGUCUAAUACCAUAGGUGUUAUGGCAUACUGUUCAUGCUUUUAGAUUUCAUGAUCUUUGUUUAACCCUCAACUCAUCACUCCAACAUUGAAACCAUUGUAAUUGUUUCAUGAAGAUUGUAGUGACCGAUGGUGAUUAGCUCUUGAGCCAAGUGGCUUAUGUAGGAGUAAAUUUGACUAAAGGAAAAUGAAGUUUCAGAAUCAGCUCAUGGAUGUAACUAUUCAAAUAUCAUUGUAGCACACAUUAAACAUACACAGUGUACUCAUACACAAGCUAUCUCUCUCUCUCUCUCUCUCUCUCUCUCUCUCUCUCUCUCUCUCUCUCUCUCUCUCUCUCUCUCUCUCUCUCUCUUUGUGAGGUCCAGUAUCCGUCCAAUACAGCCUCAACAUUUUCCUCCCACGACGGGUCAUAUUAAGUGUCAGAUAACUUUUGAGUUUCCAUGACAUCAUCAGUUCCAUGCAAUUUUUUCAUAAGGCAGAAAGUUGCCUCGGAAUUUGACUGAGAGGAGUCCUGUGUAACUGAACGAAAUAACAAAAGAGACAGCUGACAUACAGUACCAGUCAAACGUUUGGACACACCUACUCAUUCAAGGAUUUUUCUUCAUUUUUACUAUUUUCUACAUUGAGAAUAAUAGUGAAUACAUCAACCACUAUUAAAUGAACACAUAUGGAAUCAUGUAGUAAACCAAAAAAGGCUUUAAACAAAUCAAAAUAUCUUUAGAUUUGGAGAUUCUUCAAAGUAGCUCACCCUUUGCCUUGAUGAACAGCCUUUGCACACUCUUGGCCAUGCUCUCAACCAGCAAUCAAAUUUUUGACAGUCUUUCAACCACCCUUCCUUGGACAGCUUUGCCACACUCUUGGCAUUCUCUCAACCAGCUUCAUGAGGUAGUCACCUGGAAUGCUUUUCCCAAACAGUUUUGAAGGAGUUCCCACCUAAUUACUGAGCACUUGUUGACUGCUUUUCCUUCACUCUUGCGGUCCAAACUCAUCCAAAACCAUCUCAAUUGGGUUGAGGGCCGGGUGCUUGGUGGCGGCCUAGGUCAUCUGAUGCAGCACUCCAUCACUCUACCCUUCUUGGUCAAAUAGCCCUUAAACAGCCUUGAGGUGUGUUUUGGGUUAUUGUCCUGUUGAAAAACAAACGAUAGUCCCAAUAAGCGCAAACCAGAUGGGUUGGCGUAUCGCUGCAGAAUACUGUGGUAGCAAUGCUGGUUAAGUGUGCCUUGAAUUCUAAAUUAAAUCACCAGAACAGUUUCAACAGCAAAGCACCCCCACACCAUCACACCUCCUCCUCCAUGCUUCACAGUGGGAACUACACAUGCGGAGAUCAUCCGUUCACCUACUCUGCAUCUCACAAAGACACUGUGGUUGGAACCAAAAAUCUCAAAUUUGGACUCAUCAGACCAAAGGACAGAUUUCCACCGGUUUAAUGUCCAUUGCUCGUGUUUCUUGGCCCAAGCAAGUCUCUUCUUCUUAAUGGUGUCCUUUAGUAGUGGUUUCUUUGCAGCAAUUCGACCAUGAAGGCCUGAUUCACGCGGUCUCCUCUGAACAGUUGAUGUUGAGAUGUGUCUGUUACUUGAGCUCUGUGAAGCAUUUAUUUGGCCUGGAAUCUGAGGUGCAGUUAACUGCCGAUUUCUGAGGCUGGUAACUCUAAUGAAGUUAUCCUUUGCAGCAGAGGUAACUCUGGGUCUCUGUGUCUUCCUUUCCUGUGGUGGUCCUCAUGAGAGCAAGUUUCAUCAUAGCGCUUGAUGGUUUUUGCGACUGCACUUGAAGCAACUUUCAAAGUUCUUGACAUUUUCCGGAUUGACUGACCUUCAUGUCUUAAAGUAAUGAUGGACUGCCGUUUCUCUUUGCUUAUUUGAGCUGUUCUUGCCAUAAUAUGGACUAUAUCCAUAAUAUGAAUAUCUUCUGUAUACCAACCCUAACUUGUCACAACACAACUGAUUGGCUCAAAUGCAUUAAGAAGGAAAGAAAUUCCACAAAUUAACUUUUAACAAGGCACACCUGUUAAUUGAAAUGCAUUCCAGGUGACUACCUCAUGAAGCUGGUUGAGAGAAUGCCAAGAGUGUGCACAGCUGUCAUCAAGGCAAAGGGUGGCUACUUUGAAGAAUCUCAAAUAUAAAUAUAUAUUUUGAUUUGUUUAACACUUUUUUGGUUACUACAUGAUUCCAUAUGUGUUAUUUCAUAGUUUGGAUGUCUUCACUGUUAUUCUACAAUGUAGAAAAUAGUAAACAUUUAGAAAGUAGGUGUGUCCAAACUUUUGACUGGUAGCGUAUAUAAAACUCUCAUUGGCAUUGAAGAUAGUUAUCUGACAGGAUCAACUAGAUCAAACCCUUGACAGGAAUGCUUUCAAGUGGUCCUCCUGAUAUCACUCUGGACAUGACUCAGUAUGUUCCCAGCCGGGAAAACGCAACUGUUUACUCAUGCAGUGAUACUGGAAUAUAUAUAUAUAUAGAGAGAGAGAGAGAGAGGAGAGUGAGAGAGAGAGAGGAGGAGAUGAUGAGAGAGAGAGAGAGGAGAUUAGAGAGAGAGAGAGGGAGGGGAGAGAGAGAAGAGAGAGAGGAGAGAGAGAAAGAGAGGAGGACGAGAGAGAAGAGAGAGAGAGGAGAGGGAAGAGAGGGGAUAGAGAGCGAGAGGAGAGAGAGAGGAGAGAUAGCACGAUCUCUUGGAAGGCUCGCAGAGAAGUCCCUGAUCUCAGAGUAGGAUACUGUCCACACCUCUAGCCCACAUGCACUAUCGAUGAUCAGGUGUAAGGACCCUACCCAGGUCCACAUUUGUUUACACCAAUCCAACUCUUUUUGAUCUACAUGAAGUGCCUAGGGGUAAGAUAUUAAGGGGUUUUUCCUGGCUGGGUCUGGUCAUGGUGGAAUGGUUAGAUAUUAUAGGGGUUAUUCCUGACUGGGUUGGUCAUGGUGGAAGGGUUAGAUAAUCUAGGGGUUAUUCCUGGCUGGGUCAGGUUAUGGUGGAAGGGUUAUAUAUUAUAAGGGUUAUUCCUGACUGUGUUGGUCAUGGUGGAAGGGUUAGAUAUUAUAGGGGUUAUUCCUGACUGGGUUGGUCAUGGUGGAAGGGUUAGAUAUUAUAGGGGUUAUUCCUGACUGGGUUGGUCACGGUGGAAGGGUUAGAUAUUAUAGGGGUUAUUCCUGACUGGGUUGGUCAUGGUGGAAGGGUUAGAUAUUAUAGGGGUUAUUCCUGGCUGGGUCUGGUCAUGGUGGAAGGGUUAGAUAUUAUAGGGGUUAUUCCUGGCUGGGUCUGGUCAUGGUGGAAGGGUUAGAUUUUAUAGGGGUUAUUCCUGGCUGGGUUGGUCAUGGUGGAAGGGUUAGAUAUUAUAGGGGUUAUUCCUGGCUGGGUCUGGUCAUGGUGGAAGGCUUCAUUGAGGCAUGUUAGACUCAGAGCAGGCCCUCUCCAUCACAGCCCAACCUCUCCCAGUGCCAGAUCCAAGCAGAGCUUCAGGAGGUAAGCCUUGUUAAUGAAAACUUACAAUGGUUCCAAACACAAAGACAGACUCUUUAAUAAGAGAGAGCUGACAGUGUUGACACAGACGGAGAGAGAACAUCCUGAGUGCUUGUUGAUGUCUGACGGGAACCAUUCCUGAAUGUUUAUACAUGAACCCUCCUCUAGAGCCCCUUGAACGAUUCAGGUUAAUUUAUAUCCGUCCCCAUAGAGCCUUACUUGGUGUGUAAUGUCUAAACACUGCAGUGAGUCCUUAUGUCUGUGUGUAUGACCUUAAGUCUGUUUUCCAGACUUCAAUUCAAGUCUCUUUUAUUCUUGAGAGCAAUAAUAGGCAAGUGCGCAAAAAAAACAAGAAAACAUUUAUAUAAUCGUACAUUGUUAACUAAAUCAAUUGACGUCAUUUCUGGAUAUCACAAUGUUAAACAAUGUUUUAAUGCCUUCACUCUUGCUCACUGUUGCAUACCGUGGCGUAAAAGCAUAAAUGUUUGGCUUUGAGGACUGAACGCUUGUAAUUGCCUGACAAAGUGCUUGUCCGUCGUGGUUCCCUGGUCACAUGGAAAAGCAGCAUGGGCUUGGAAAUGGAAGCAGGCUGUCCACUGCAGCCUGAGAACACAAAGGUCAGGGGCUGACUCAAAUACUGUCAGUGAAUCACUGAGGAUAUUUUCUAGCGGGAAUGAUUAUGUCUACAGUGGAACACGUCUCCUAUUCCAUUCUAUAGUAUUGUAUUGUAUUGAAUCUUGCAAUGUAUCAGGAAUAACCUUUUCAACUCUUCUACUGAAAUAAAUCCUCAAGGCAAGUGACUCAAGUGACAAAUGACUCGAACAUUAAUGCCAUUGCCAACAUUUUUGUGGGAGUGUCUCUUUAAAAACAGACUCGUAUCCCCUGCCUCCAACCCUUCAGCAUGCAAUAACCAUUAAGAUUCCCAAGCUGCUGCCAUAGUUAUUACCUUUUUUGGAUGUGUUUAGUUUUAUCUCUGGGUCUCAGUUUGUACAUGUGACUGUUUCCACUGUCCUUCUCUAACUUGGCGUGAGUGUCGAGUUUCAUCCCAAGAUGCUCUCUGCUGAUAGGUACAUGCUUGGCUGCAGGACAGUGUGAAGGUUUAAGUAUUCUCUGAGAGUUCAUAACUAUGGCCAGGGGGCUUUCCUAGCCAUGUGAGCUGAAAAUGAAAAAUAGAAUUACAGCACAGAAUCCUUAUGCAUACAGGACACAAAAUCAUUUACAAAGCUCUGCUGUCAGAAGACAUUACCCCAUAGUGUUGCAGAUCAUCCAAAACGACCGAUGUUCUAUGCAUUUUGUAAGUGACAUAUCUUCUUUGUUUGUUUUCAGCAUGAAAGAGUGUCCAGGUAAGCUUUAAACUCAAUUCACUUCAUCAAAAGACACAGGAGGGCUUACGAUUUUCACUAUCAGGCAUUGAAACAUAUCCUAACAGCCAUUGGUCACUCAGGCCUCAAUUGCAGCUGAUUGUUAUUACAUUUAGGGUCAAAGGUACAUUGAUGAUUAAGCUCUGACACAGUGCAGUAGUUUUAGGUUCAGCUGUGCUAUCUUACCCUCAGACUGGACUCGUCUGGUGCUUACGACCGAGAGGCCUAUGACGCUCGCAGGGAAAACAGAAUGGCCGCGCGAAAAAAAGCUGAGGAAGAGGCAGGAUGCACUGACUAUAAGAAGGUAACCUGUAAUGCAAAAUUAACUAACAGUUUCUUAAAGCUAGAAAAAUUGGCGUAGGUAGCUAAUGAUCUGUUAUGAAUCUGUUAUGUCAUGAUAAUGACAGUGUUAUGUAGCCCUUAUGACUGUGGGUUCAAGUACAGUGGAACCCAAAAUCCCCACUGCUGGUAUUUAAAAAAAAUAUAUAUUCACUUGGUAUUUCACUGCACUGUUGAGAGGUAGCUCGCAAGUAAGCAUUUCAUUUCACUGUGUACACCCUGCUGUAUUCUGUGUAUAUGACAAAUAAACUUGGAUUUGAAUUGUAGAUCAGGCUACAUAAAAACACAACUGGUUGAUUACUUAAGUCAAAUUAUGUGGCAUGUUAUGAUGUUCUGGGUCUGUGUUUGCUGUGGGAUCCUGUGUAUCGCAGAUGUACGAGGAGGCCUUGUCUACCAAUGAGAGACUCAAGUCCCGGCUGCAGGGCAGCAAACAGGAGCUGGUGUUGGUGCAGACUCAGCUGGAGAGAGUCACACAGGUAAUUAUCCACCACACAAAAUAGUUUCCCAACAAAAUCUCAUCAUAAAAAAUAAAAUAAAAAAUAGUUCCUCAACCAGUGCUUGGCUUGGACAGGAGCUCACCAGAGCUGUUUACCGGCACCUCAAAUGUUCUACUGCUUGAGCUCCUGUUCCUCUUAUAGAAUAUUAGCUCAAAAGUAUUGUGGAGCUCCUGCACCUAAAUCUAAGCAGCACCGGCACUCAAAAUGAGUACCGGAACUUAUUUCAGUCCAAGUCAAGCACUGUGCCCAACAAACCAUUAUCCUAAACAUCAAAUAAAACUAAAGUCAGAUGAAGGGUCCAAUGAAGAAGUACAGUGCAUUCGGAAAGUUUUCAGACUCAUUUACUUUUUCCAAAUUUUGUUACGGUACAGCAUUACUCUAAAAUUGAGUAAAAACACAUUUUUCCUCAUCAAUCUACGCACAAUAUCCCAUAAUGACAAAGCGAAAACAGGUUUUUAGAUUGCAAAUGUAUUAAAUAUAAAAAACAGAAAUACCUUAUUUACAUAAGUAUUAAGACUCUUUGCUAUAAGACUCGAAAUGUAGCUCAUGUGCAUCCUGUUUCCAUUGAUCAUCCUUGAGAUGUUUCUACAACUUUGAUUGGAGUCCACCUGUGGUAAAUUCAAUUGAUUGGACAUGAUUUGGAAAGGCACACACCUGUCUAAGGUCCCACAGUUGACAGUGCAUGUCAGAGCAAAAACCAAGCCAUGAGGUCGAAUGAAUUGUCCAUAGAGCUCUGAGACAGGAUUGUGUUCUGGGGAAGGGUACCAAAACAUUUCUGCAGCAUUGAAGGUCCUGUCAUGAGAAUUUUGUUAUCUCAAUGGUUGAAGUCAACUACUUCUUAAAUCUUUGAAUAAUUCCCAGAGGUGUAAAUCUCUAGUUUAAAUAAAUUAAACAAAGACCCCUUUCUGCAAUGGUCAGCCUUUAUUCAUGAGAGCGCUCUGCCACAAAAUGGACGUACAAUAUUUCUAUACACACACGUCAGAGGAAAAAUCCCACCCCGCUUUAGGCAGGCUGUAUUUUUCCUCUGUACACAUCUUGUAAACUCACCUGGGUUUAGCUCAUGUGGUUAUCCUCUGCUCUCCUGAUCAUCAGGUCACACAUACACACACAUGUUCUUAUCAUAGUCUACUCCUUGCUCGGGCAGGCUGCAUUUUCUCUCUACUCCCAUUGUCACGCGACGUGUAUGCGGUCAGCGAAGUCAAACGCAGGACACAGAGCGGCUGGCAACGUACUUUUACUGAACACAGUAUAUAUAGUACAAAAACAACAAACCUCCAAACAGGAAGGAAAACACAAUAACCCGUACACCAAAGCAACUGCCGGAAUGACAAAGAACAAUCACACACAAUAACCAAUGAGAGACAGGGGGUAAUAUAGGGAAUACAAUACAACAUAAUGGGAAACAGGUGUAAACAAUAAAGACCAAACAAGACAAACACCGAAACAUCGAUCGGCAGUAGCUAGUACUCCGGGGACGACGAACGCCGAAGCCUGCCCGAGCAAGGAGGAGGAGCAGCCUCGGCUGAAUCCGUGACAGUACCCCCCCCUUGACGCGCGGCCCCAGCCGUGCGCCGACCCCGGCCAGGAGGACGCAGAGCAGGGCGAGUCGGAUGACUCCAGUGGAAAUCCUCAACAGGGAGGGAUCUAGGAUGUCCCUCCUAGGGACCCAGCACCGUUCCUCCGGACCGUACCCCUCUCACUCCAUGAGAUACUACAGACCCCCCAUCCGACGCCUCAAAUCCAAGAUGGAACGGACUGAGUACGCCGGAGCCCCCUCGAUGUCUAGUGGGGGCGGAGGAGCCUCUCGUACCUCAUUCUCCUGGAGUGGACCAGCUACCACCGGCCUGAGGAGAGACACAUGGAACGAGGGGUUAAUGCGGUAUUUAAUGGGCAGUUGUAACCUAUAACAUACCUUGUUCAAUCUCCUCAGGAUAUUAAAUGGCCCCACAAACCGCGAAGGCGAAGGGGCAGGUUUCGGGUCAAGAGCCAGACCCGAUCUCCCGGUGCAUACACCGGAGCCUCACUGCGGUGGCGAUCGGCGCUCACCAUUUGCCGCCUGAUAGCCCGCUGCAGAUGGACAUGCCCAGCAUUCCAUGUUUCUUCCGAGCGCCGAAACCACUCAUCCACCGCAGGGGCUUCGAUCUGGCUCUGAUGCCAGGGUGCCAGGACCGGCUGAUAACCCAGCACACACUGAAAAGGCGUAAGAUUAGUGGAGGAGUGGCGGAGUGAGUUUUGGGCUAUCUCUGCCCAGGGGAUAUACCCUGACCACUCCUCCUGCCGGUCCUGGCAAUAGGACCUCAGAAACCUACCCACAUCCUGGUUCACUCUCUCCACCUGCCCAUUACUUACCAGGAUGACCAGAGGAGGGUGACGUGUGAGCCCAAUAUAUCAGUCGAUCACGAACCUCGAGUGGCACGUACUUCCGUCCCUCUGGACACUGUGGGGGAGUAGGGUCGGCACGUAACGCCCACUCGAUGUCCGCAUCGUCCUCCCACACCACCGGUGCCACCAGACAAGACUCCGGAAGUAUGGGAGUGGGCUCAAUGGACCUCUCCUCUGUGUCAUAUCGUCGGGACAGGGCGUCUGCCUUAGCAUUCUGUGACCCUGGUCUAUAGGUGAGCUUAAAUACAAAUCAGGUAAGAAACAUGGCCCACCUAGCCUGGCGAGGGUUCAGUCUCCUCGCUGCCCGGAUGUACUCCAGGUUACGAUGGUCAGUCAGAAUGAGAAAAGGGUGUUUAGCCCCCUCAAGCCAAUGCCUCCACACCUUCAGGGCUUGAACCACUGCCAGCAGCUCCCUGUCCCCCACGUCAUAAUUGCGCUCCACCGGACUGAGCUUCUUAGAAUAGAAAGCACAGGGGCGGAGUUUUGGUGGCGUACCCGAGCGCUGAGACAGUAUAGCACCGAUCCCCGCCUCGGACGCAUCCACCUCAACUUGGAACGCCAAAGAGGGAUCCGGAUGUGCCAGCACCGGAGCCGAGGUGAACAGGUCCUUCAGAUGUCUAAAUGCCCUGUCCGCCUCAGCCGACCACUGCAGACGCACCGGGCCCCCUUUAGCAGGGAGGUGAUGGGAGCUGCUACCUGUCGGCUCGUGUAGCGGAGUAUAUUAGAACGUCAUCAAUAUACACCAUCAAAGCGAAGUCAAACACAGGACACAGAGCGGCUGGUAACGUACUUUUACUGAACACAGUAAAUAUAGUGCAAAAACCAAAAACCUCCAAACAGGGAGGAAAACACAAUAACCCGUACACCAAAGCAACUGCCGGAAUGACAAAUAACAAUCACACGCAAUAACCAAUGAGACACAGGGGGUAAUAUAGGGAAUACAAUCCAUCAUAAUGGGAAACAGGUGUAAACGAUAAAGACCAAACAAGACAAACACCGAAACAUCGAUCGGCAGUAGCUAGUACUCCGGGGACGACGAACGCCGAAGCCUGCCCGAGCAAGGAGGAGGAGCAGCCUCGGCUGAAUCCGUGACACCCAUACAUAGUUAUCGCUCACAAUAUUCUGACUGCCUCAUUGUACUUCUAACUAAGCUACACACAUUAUCAGAUUAUGGUCUUAUGAUUCUAACACAUUUCACACAGUUUCGGGGUGUAAUAAUUAGUCAUUAAUAAUUAGUCAUUACCAAAUUCUUCUAUCAGGUCCCCAAGAACCCAGUAGCCUCCAUCAUUCUUAAAGAGCUGGCCGCCCGGCCAAACUGAGCAAUCGGGGUAGAAGGGCCUUGGUCAGGGAGGUGACCAAGAACCCGAUGGUCACUCUGACAGAGCUCUAGAGUUCCUCUGUGGAGAUGGGAGAACCUUCCAGAAGGACAACCAUCUCUGAAGCACUCCACCAAUUAGGCAUUUACGGUAGAGUGGCCAGACGGAAGCCACUUCUCAGUAAAAGGCACAUGACAGCCCGCUUGGAGUUUGCCAAAAUGCACCUAAAGACUCUCAGACCAUGAGAAACAAGAUUCUCUAGUCUGAUAAAACCAAGACUGAACUCUUUGGCCUGAAUGCCAAGCGUCACAUCUGGAGGAAACCUGGCACCAUCCCUUCGGUGAAGCAUGGUGGUGGUAGCAUCAUGCUGUGGGGAUGUUUUUCAGCGGCAGGGACUGGGAGACUAGUCAGGAUUGAGGCGAAGAUGAACAGAGCAAAGUACAGAGAAGUCUUUGAUGAGGACCUGCUCCAGAGCGUUCAGGACCUCAGACUGGGGCGAAGGUUCACCUUCCAACAGGACAACAACCCUAAGCAUACAGCCAAGACAACUCAGGAUUGGCUUCGGGACAAGUAUCUGAAUGUCCUUGAGUGGCCCAGCCAGAGCCCGGACUUGAACCCGAUCUAACAUCUCUGAAGAGUCCUGAAAAUAGCUGUGCAGCGACGCUCCCCAUCCAACUUGACAGAGCUUGAGAGGAUCUGCAGAGAAGAAUGGGAGAAACUCCCCAAAUACAGCUGUUCCAAACUUGUAGCGUCAUACCCAAGAAGACUCGAGGCUGUAAUCGCUGCCAAAUGUGCUUUAACAAAGUACUUAGUAAAGGGUCUGAAUACUUACGUAAAUGUAAUAUUUCAAUUUUUUUAUUUUGAAUACAUUUGCAAACAUUUCUAAAAACCAGUUUUUGCUUUGUCAUUAUGGGGUAUUUUGUGUAGAUUGAUGAAGGGGGAAAACAAUUUAAUCAAUUUUAGAAUAAGACUGUAACUUAACAAAAUGUGGAAAAAGUCAUGGGGUCUGAAUACUUUCCUAAUGCACUGUAUACUCUAUGUAUGUUUGUGCCUUUUUAUUACUUAUCAUGGUUUCAACUUACAGUUCUUGUCAAAUACAUGGUGGAAUAACUCUUCCAUAUCCUACUGCAUGGACCACUGCCCAAUAGAAUCAGGAAAGAUGCAGGAGUGAGAAAAAUGUGACAGAUUAUGCAAGGAAGAUGCAUUGGCUGAUUCCAGGAGGUAAAUGCUUGGGAGGUGGUAUUUGUGAAGUACAGUAGUAUGCAUGUGAGGUGACCAUGGUUGUGACCAAGGUACAUAUAAGAAAUGUCUGCCAUCUUCAGGGAUUGUGCUGUUCUCAUUGUCCCGAUUUUAACCAUGGACUUGUGCAUUGCAGAGAAAGAUCACAAUGACUGAAAGGUCCAAUGAGAGGUCCAUGCUUGAGACAGAAAAACGGGUGAGCUCCAUAUGUCACUGGAUGUUUGCUUAUGCACUUUUAACUUCUGUCUUGGCCUGGUACUGCAUGUCUAUUCAAUAUAUGUUAUAUUAAUAGCUCAUAGGUCAAGUCAUGGUCAGGCUGGUAACCCCAUCAUGUUUAGUCUCACUGAGACAUGUCUCCUCUCCUCUCUGGUAGCCCCAUCAUGUUUAGUCUCACUGAGACAUGUCUCCUCUCCUCUCUGUAGGAAACACGUGUCCUACAGAAGAAGAUAUCAGACAUGGAAGAUGAAGUGAAGGUAUCUGUCCAGUUGCAAUAAUGGUGAAUUUACUGAAUUGAUACUGAGAGAUGUUCAAUGUCUGACCAAUUCAGGGCCGUUUUCUUGUGGCUUAUUGCCAGUUCUUGUACCAAUUGAGAACAUCUCCAAUAGACUAAACUGAGCCACAGCAGAGACAGAACAUAUUGCCAAAACACAGUCUCCGCAGGAGGCCUAGCCAUCUCAAAGCUGCCCUGCAGACAGACAGACAGAGUAAGUUGCUGAACAAGGAAUAUCACUCUGGGACGUGCCUUGGUACUGUAGUGUUAGUCCGUCUCAAACGACACCCUGUCCCCUUUAUAAUGCACUGCUUUCUGGUCUAAUGUGCCAGUUGCGAUGCAGCCUGAGUCUCAAGCGAGCGGUGACAAAGCAUAAAUGGUAUGUGGUGUGAUAUUCUAAGCUGACAUCAUUAUGUCAUCAUUAUGUCAUCAUUGUGCGCCGUUGGCUGUGGAAUGUGUGAGGUCUCUGAUUGAUAUUCAUCGAGUGAGUACGCCGUUGGUAUUUGUCCGCAUUAACUACUGCCACAUUCGUCUGCUGUGUUCCAUACAGUAGGGUACAGACAACAACCUUUUGUUAUCUCUGAAUGAGAGCUCUCAAUAAAGAUGGAACACUGAACUGAAAAUAGAAACAUUUUGUGGGAGAACGUUAAAUGUUCAGUUAACUCAGAGGAGAGGUCGGUGAUGAGUGUCAUUGUCAUUUGUCCUGUGAAUCAAACCUAACCUUAACCACAACUAUAACCAUAACCCCAAGCAUAACCGCAACCCGAACCAUAACCCCAACCAUAACCCCAACCCCAACCAUAACCCCAACUCCAACCCCAACCAUAACCAUAACCCCAACCAUAACACCAACCAUAACCCUCUCUGUCUGCUUGUUGUCUGCUGUCCUCCACAGGUCCAGACAGAGCUGAAGAAUGAGAACCAGAGACUGAAGGAUGAGAACGGAGCCUUAAUCCGGGUCAUCAGUAAACUGUCUAAGUGA